AUGGCAAUGGCCCUGGAUAAGACGUCCCAGAUAAAUAACGAUUACAUUGAUCGCAUACUCCCUACAAUGAGGUCGGAUAGGCUAGCUGCGGUCCUGACCAAGCAUGAGCUUGAGGGAACAGCAACCGCGAUUAGGGCAUUGACCGAACAGGCUAUUAUCGAAAGGAACGGUUCUAUACAGGAAGAAGAAAAUGAUGAAGAAGCAUGGCCUGGACAGGAAGAGGACACAUGCUCAGUGGUCACUCGAGGCACAUUCCGAACAGCCGAAACGAAUUUCACAUCUUCGACCUAUUUCACCGCCGUGACUGGUUUAGGAAUCGGAUCACAUGCGACUUCAGUCAGACUACAAAAGCAUCAUAAGUAUUCUCAAUUGUUGAGCGAGAGAAAUCUCUGGCCGGUCGAUCCACGUAAAGAACAAGACUGGUCAGGCAGGGGCCAACAUGCCGAGUUCACCAAAGACGAAAAGCCUCUUAUUGACAAGAUAUUGCAAGUCCAAGACGACCUCGGGAGCUCCAACACGACUAUAGUACAGCUUGUCCGAUGCAAACGAAUAUUCUUGGCCAGAAAGACGAUCCGGUGCAAUCGGAACUUUCCCAAAAGCAGAGCUAUAGAAGAGGUAGCCCACCUUACAAAGCUGAACCACUCUCACAUUGUUCGAGUCAUCGGAACAUAUACAAGGGGGAACGAACUCUCAAUCCUGCUCUAUCCGGCCACGGAAUACAAUCUGGAAACGUUCUUACAAGAACUUGAUCCGACAAAUCUUCACACAUCAGAGUGGGAAGAACGCCGGUCAUCAUUGCGGAAUUUCUUUGGUUGUCUCGCCCAUGCUGUUGCCUAUCUCAGCAGGAAUCUGAUAAAACACAUGGAUAUAAAACCCCAAAACAUACUUGUGCGCGACCUGAGCAAGAGUAUGAUGAUUAGCCCUGGCGAAUUCAAGGUAUAUAUUGCGGAUUUCGACAUUGCUAGGUCGUACCGAUCUAUUGAAGAGACUGUGACUGAAGGUCGCACGGCCUUCACGCGCAAGUACGCAGCACCCGAGGUUGCCGAGGGAGCCUUUCGUGACUUAUCUGUCGAUGUGUUUUCACUCGGUUGUGUAUUUGUGGAAAUGGCUGUGUGCCUUGCAUAUCCGGGAAUUCUUCCCCCCAGCAACCAGGCCUCGGCCAUCACGGGCUUUACUAGCAGCAUGUCUACGAAGUCCCUGUACAGAGUGUACAAGUACACUUACUUGGUCGAAGGUGAUCCGGCUUGUAGACUGCAAGCAUUGCUCGAUCAAAACGAACAUGGCAACACAUCGUACCAGGCGAACUUGCCUGCAGUCAAGAAACACCUAUCGGGGCUCACAUUCUACAGAACCGGUAGAGUAGAUUCGUAUAUGGAAUUAGUGGCCCAGAUCAUCACUCGAAUGAUCGACGAGAACCCGAAGAACAGACUUUCGAGCGCGGAUCUUGAAAACAUGUUCGAUCCUCCGUCAGAAUGCUGCAGGCAGCAGGCUGAUAUACUCGAGGCAGCGCCAGGAAAGACGCCCCUGGGAGACGAGUCAAGAAUGAAGAUCGAGGAGGAAACUCUCUUGAAUUUUGAUCGCAUCCCCGUCGAAGUUAAGAUGUUGCCGACUGUCACUACUUCUUCUGUCCGCAUUGUACCCCCAGAAAUCGGUGAUGACAAAGAAAUGGCAAGUGUCCUAGCAAAACGGUUGGAAGAGAAAGAAGUAAUGGAUAGGAUACAGACAGAACAGGAAGAACUACAGGCACAAAUGGAAAAAUACCCGGCAAAAGUGCAGCGAUUACGGGAGAAAUUACAGGAACAACUACCGGAACAGCUGUUGUACGAAGCAAAGGAUGAACUGGAGGCACUACUUGAAAAAUUCCAGGGAGUACAGGAGUCACAGGUAUUACUACAGAUAGAACUACAGGAAGAACUACAGUAUGAAAAAACCGAAACAGCAAACGAUAAACUACAGGCACUACACAAAGAACUACAGGAACUACAGGAAGCACUGGAAGCACUAUAUGAAGAAGUAGAAAGAAAAGAAGCGCUAUAUGAAGAAGCAGAAAGAAAAGAAGCAGAGGAUGAACUACAGAAAGAAUCACAGGAACUACAGAAAGAGCUGAAAGAACUGGAAGAACUAAAUCAAGAAGCAAAGGAAGAAGCAAAGGAAGAACUGAAGGCACGACAGGAAGCACGACAGGAAAAACUACAGGCACUACAGAAAAUACUGGACGAUGCAAAGGACAAUGCAAAGAAAGAUGCAAAGAAAGAUGCAAAGGAUGAAACACAGGAAGAAGCAUAG